AAGUUGAAUUAUCUAUCAAAAUUUUAAUUUGGAGUUUAUCAAAUUAGAUUACCGUGAUUUUGCUAUGCUCCAUACCUUCGUAGUAUCAGACUAUCAUCUGCAUCACUGGUGAACUAAUAAAAUAUGAAUCAAAUACAAAAAUAUGAAUAAGAGACUUGUGGUUGCUCUCAUGGUCUUGUAUUUUCCCUGACAGUCAAACCUAUCAAAUCUUUUUAAAACAAAUGUUUCCUACUUUCGUUGUCUAAAGUGACUAAUAAUUUUCUUUUCUUUCUCUGCAGGAGAUGUAUAUGUAGAUUGGGCCUCAGUUUCAAGAUGAGCUACAAAGACACCAGCUUCCAUCAUAUAUGGUGAAGGAUAUAAAUGCAAGGUUGGAGAGGAUUGAACCAAAGCCCCGGUCUUCUGAUAGUGUUGUUAGUAGUGAUACCGUUAAUGAGCCCAAGGUUAAUAAUCAUACUCAAAAUCAUAAUCCUAAGCGAAGCAGUCCUAAAGCCAAGAAUACUUCUGGAGAUGGAGAUGUUACAGAGAAGCCAGUUGAACCUGUGAAAGUUUACUCAGAGAAGGAGCUGAUCAGGGAAUUUGAGAAAACUGCUUCAACACUUGUACCAGAAAAAGAUUGGUCUUACCGUAUUGCAGCCAUGCAGAGAUUUGAAUCCCUUGUAAUUGGAUGCAGACUCUCUUGAGUUCCCUCCAUCCACCAAUCUCUAACAGGUUUGCAUGGUUAAGGUGUUUAUUUCUGAAUUGUCUAUAGCGAGGAAAUAGUAAUACAUCAAUUUAAGCCAAACUGAGUCACCAACUUAUCUUCCCUGGCAUAUUUUGACUGUAAAGCCUUAUAACACCAACAUUUGAAUUCACUUUGUCAUAUUAGUUAUGAAAUUAUGAAGUCUCAAUUAUAUA